CACCAAUACGUACUUUGUAUAGUGAAUCUACUGAUGCCAAAAAUUUUCAAGAACAUAGAUAUAAAUUAGAUAGUAGUAGAGAACGUGAACUUGAAUCUCAAUGCAAUGAGUUGCUUUUUGAAACUGAAUUUUUUGCUAAUAAAUAUUCCAAAUUUAGAAAUACUAAAGCUCUUGCAGAAGUGUAUUCUGAUAUGAUUACUAAAGAGCUAGAGAAAAAAAAUGACAAGAUUUUACAUCUCUAG